AUGGGACAAGGAGAGGAAGUCAAGAUCAAAAGCGAACCCCACGUUGAGAUUCAGGAAAGAGGAGAGAUAUUCUUCUUUUACAGGCCUAAAGUUAACAACGAAGAAGUUCAUGGCCCUGAUGACGUUCAACAUUUGUAUAUCGUUCUCCGGCCAGAAUCCGGAGAAAAGCCGGUUGAAGAAAAACCGGAUGCAAAAUCUGGCAAGGAAGGUGCCAAAAAGAAAAGGCAAUCGGCUGGGGACGAAAGUGGUGGCUCUGGCGGUGGCUCUGGCAAGAAUGAAGGUGGACACGGUAGACAGAAAGUAAAUAUCCAGAAGCAACCCUUGUUGCGGCUUAUUGUUAUGGGGCGCAAAAGCCUUCCAGACCCAAACAAGAAAAGCCAACCUUACUGGGGUUUCAUGGAGUUGGUCACAACUAAAAUUGAAGAUGUGAAGGAUGCUCUUAAAGGAGAGGAAUAUGAAACUAAAACAAGAGGUCGUCGACACAAACCUCCUGCCAGAGCUCUAGGAGAAGGCAUUUAUCGCAUCCUGAGGCAUACAGGCAAGAAAAUGCACACCCAUUUAGUUUACAAGCUCGAGUUGCCACCACCAGAAGAGAAGAACGAGCCUCAGGAGUUGUUCAACAUUGAACGCGAGGGCUCAUUUGUGAUACAAAUAAAGAAUCCGGAGCAGCCUGGCGGUUCCCAUUUCCCAGGACUUCAAAACAAGCGCAGGGCCUCUUUUCCUGCCCAUCUGCAAGGGCUGUUUGGGCAUCGACGCUACGCUCCAGCUGAUCCACCGGACUUUCUGAACUACGAAGGAUGCGAAUUCUUGCUCAUAUCGGCUUCAGAUGACAUAGGAGAGGAACUGGGGUUGGAGGUCAAGACUGAAUGUGAGCAGCCGGAGCCAUCUUGUUCGGAUUUAGUGAAAACAUUUGGAGAGACUGCCUCUCCCGCUCCCCUUUUCGAAGGCACUUGGGCUUGAACAGAAUCGUCCAAAGGUACUGCAGUUGCCGUGUGGAUCUCAUCAUGUACCUAUGUAGGUUGUAUGUCUUUUGAAUGUAUUAUAGUAGUGUAGAUGUGCGUGUUGUGCAGGAUUUACAUCCUGUUUGUAGGUCUAUGCCAUAGUUUUGGAUACCUUGUGGAUCUUGAAUGUACAUUUUAUGUAAUCAUGCGUA